GUCAAAUCAUUCUUCCACCUGGUGGGAACAGCUUUACCGUUUUAAAUGGAUCAACUGUGAAAAUUAAGUGGUCGAUUGAUGGUAGUGUUUCUGUUGCGGAUAUUAUAUAUCGGUCUUGGAGUUUCAGAAGCAGUGUUGGUGGCAGAGCUGAAGAACUUGGUAUAAUAUCUGGUGGUAUAAUUACGAUAAGAACCAAGUUAUAUGAAGUUGAUAUAGAAAAACAAGCAACAUUGGUUUUGAAAAACGUCAAUGGAAGUUAUAAUGGAAAAUACCAGUUUACCCUUUUAUCACCUAGAUCCAGUGCAUCUGAAGUUGAUGUUCUUAUUGCAGGCAAGUUUUCAUUAUUGCUACGUCAAGCGCGUGCGUGGGGCAACACGCAAUCGAUCAAAUGAAUCGGCCGUAUCAAGCAGUUUUAUAAAAAGUUUGAGUAUUUUAGUCAAGUAUUUAACACACCUAGCUAUUGGGCUGCCUAUGGUUAUAUAGCUGUAUAGCGAACUACAGCCAUCAGUUGUAGUCAACCAAUUCUAAAACGUAAAACUAAGGUGUUAAAACGUAGUGGUCAAAGUCAAAGCUCUUUAAUUAAUGUUUUAAAUUAAUUUUUAAAAAAAAGUUCGCCAGAUUUGGAUUGGAUUAGGGUUAGACUAAGAUUAGAUUAGUAUUAGGGUUAGCGGUUAGAGGUUAGGGUUGGAGUUGGGUGGGAGUUAGGUUUAAAAUUAAGGCAAUGUCUUAAUUUGAACAAUUAAGACUUAGCCUUAAUUUUCGGAACAAUACGACGAUCAUCGGCAAGAAUUAAUCUUCACAAUUUUUCAGUUAAAAAUGUGUUUCAUAGCAAUAUAUCUGCAUAUCUAUCAUCAGGCAAUAGUCAACAUACACAUAAUUACUGUAAAUAAAAUUAUUGUCGGAAAUAGCCAGGACCGCCGAGAAGGGGGGUGGGGGGCAGUGGGGCAAAUUGCCCCGGGCCCCGAGGCUCUGGGGCCCCCUAGAAAUUUAAUGUUGGGCCCAGUCAUUUUUCCAGGGAAAUAUUUCUGUUUUUGGGCCGAAAAGUUUAUGUUUUGGGGGCAAAGUACCGAAAUUUGCUAUGGAAAAUUGCGGAAAAGUCCCGACGAAAGUACUUGUCCGGAAAAUUUUUUUACCUAAAAAGAAAUUGUCCGAAAAUUUUGCAAUAGGGGCCCCCAAACAAAUUUUUGCCCCGGGUCCCCGCCAAGCUCUCGGCGGCCCUGGAAAUAGCUGGAAAUGCACUUUCUGGGUUUGUAAUUUUCAAAAUCUAUUCAAAAUAGGAAGGUCUCAUUGCCGACCCCUUACUGCACCUCAUGGCUUAAUACUAUAGCCCCCACAAUCGUAAAAUCGCUGUGAGGUCCAUGCCUUAAACCCACAAAAUAACUCUUACUGUUCCUGAUUUAACUAAAUUUCAGAAAAACCAAAUGUGACCAUCAACUGUUCCAGUCGUAUCACAUUAGAUGAAGGUGAAGACGGCACAUGUGUAUGUACAGAACAAGGUGGAAACCCUCCAGCCAAUCUGACUUGGUAUAGAGAUGGUGAACAGAUUGGUAAAGCAAGUUAUGGAGAAAAUAGAUUAACUCUCACUAGUGUGACUAAGCAAGACAAUGCGGGAACAUACAAAUGUGUGGCUCAGAGCUACACUCUAACCGAUGAAAAAUCAAUUGAAGUGAAAGUAAGACUUAAUUGUAAGUAUGAUUGUUAUCAAAAUCAACUGCCAAUAACCUUAAAAUAAACACAUGGGCUCAUCCAGGUAUUAACCGUUCAACUUAGCAAACGUAAGUAAUGCUUUAAUCAGUAUGGAAUCGAUGCUAUGAAAAAUGAUUGUUAUAUAGUCUUCAAAACACUAGUUUCAAUUUUUUUCUCCCAAUAUUUGUAGUUUUUCAUUAGUAACAAGGAGGUUUUGGUUUUUUACAGUCAAACCUGACAAGGCAGCUGUUACGUUUACAAAGAACCCCGCUGUUGUUGGUGAAAGUGUUGCCAUAAUUUGCAAAUCUAAUGGUCUUCCUGAAUCAAGCUAUACUAUGUUCCAUAAUGAUACUAAGCUCAUCAGUAAUAAGUCAACAUACACUAUAGAUGUUGUGCAGUACAGUGAUGCUGGAACUUAUAAAUGCAUCGCCAGGAAUAAACUUGGAAAUGAUUCAGCUUCGGAUAAUUUGACAGUUUUUGUAGGUAAUUUACCGGAUUUUAGACGUAUUUUUUUUCCCAUUCUAUGAGAUCACCGGGGGAAAACACAUAUACAAGUUAGAACAGGAUUAAAUGCAAGAAAGGUUGCAGAUACAACAAACACAUACAAUUGACUCUAACAUUUUAAUUAUAGUACGUCCCAUCUCUUACUAUCAGCCUUCAGUUGAUUUAAUAAUAUUUUACACAAUUAAAAUUUCUGUAUUCCCAUUAUUAGAGAAUUGAUUGCAUGGAAUCUUUGUUAUCAUCAAUCAAAUUUCAAUUUAGGUAUAAAAUAUAUCUGCAUAUAAAACGUAGGAGCUGUUUUUGUUUCCAUUUUCAAGAAACUUUUUAUUUUAAAUAAACAGCAAAGGUACCACCACCGACACUAGCAUUAACAACGCCAAACCACAAAAUCAUGAUCACGACCGGCACUACAAAUGGUAAUAAUACAGGUAACAAAAUACUAUAUGCAGUUAGUUUAUUUUGAAGUUUGUUUUAUAUUCUGAUAAGUUUUACUGAUGCACAGUAACGUACAAUAUACUUUAACUAUAGUCAGUUACACAGUCACCUGUGGAAUUUUGUAUUUUCUGCACUCUUCAACUAAAUGUUCGCCAUUUUGUUUUGGAAAGAGUCUCAAAACAAACAAACAAACAAACAAACAAACAAACAAACAAACAAACAAACAAACAAACAAACAAACAAACAAACAAACAAACAAACAAACAAACAAACAAACAAACAAACAAACAAACAAACAAACAAACAAACAAACAAACAAACAAAACCAAACAAACAAAACAAACGUUGCUUCUCUGUCUAUCUAUGAAGGCAGAGAGAUAAGGCGCUUUGGUCUAUAUCUCCCGCGCGCUCUAUACGCAACGGCGUAGCAAGAAAGAGCCUAAUCCAUAACCCUCUCCCAGCAAGGCAUUCGGCACGCUGUUUCCCUGAUAUAUGCUAAUUCCAAUGUCCUUUGUAUACAGACAAAGCAUCUUCAGAUGACAUCAAUUGUGGAACUGAAUGGUAUAUCGUUGUGGUAUCAGUAGUGUCUGGGAUUAUCAUGGGACUUUUUCUUGCAUACAUUGUCUCAUGUUCUCGUCGUAAAUUUAGAAACAGGAAACCUCAGUCAAAUCCUGAAAAACAAACAACUGAAGUUGAUACAACUUAUCAAGAACUAGAUCUUUCGAAAAUGAACACAGAAGAAAAUUAUCAAUCGUUGAGUGUGAAUGCCGAAAGUAACGACGCUGCAAAUGAUCACGAUGAGGACUCUACUUACACUGAAUUGAGCAAAACCAGAGAUGUGGAGAACAACUACCAAUCUUUAACUUGA